AUGGCAAGAAGACCAGUACCUGAAUACGGUGAAGACUUCAGCUUUGUCAGUCCCGUGGUCAAAUAUAUGCUCUUUAUCUUUAACAUGAUCUUCUGGAUGAUGUCAGUGGUCAUGAUUUCAAUUGGAGUUUAUGCCAGAGUAAUGAAGCAUGCAGAAGCAGCUAUGGCAUGUCUAGCUGUAGACCCUGCUGUCAUGUUAAUGGUCAUUGGAGUGUUAAUGUUUCUAAUAACUUUCUGUGGGUGUAUUGGCUCCGGACGAGAAAAUAUCUGCCUCUUACAAACGUUUUCCAUCUGUUUGACCAUAAUUUUUCUGCUGCAGCUGGCAGCUGGAGUCCUGGGAUUUGUCUUCUCUGAUAAGGCACGGGGGAAAGUGAGCGAGAUUAUCAACAAUGCCAUUAUUCAUUAUAGGGAUGAUCUUGAUCUCCAAAACCUGAUUGAUUACGGACAGCAGGAGUUCAGCUGCUGCGGUGGAAUAUCGUACAAGGACUGGUCUCAGAACAUUUACUUCAACUGUACCCCAGACAAUCCCAGCAGGGAGCGCUGCUCUGUCCCGUACUCCUGCUGUCUUCACCCGGAAGAUGAGGCUGUAAUCAAUACAAUGUGUGGCCAGGGAAUGCAGGGCCUGGAUUACUUGAAGGCAGGAGUGUUCAUCAACACCAACGGCUGCAUCGACAAGCUGGUGAACUGGAUCCAUGAGAAUCUCUUCCUACUGGGAGGGAUAGCACUGGGUCUCGCCAUUCCACAGUUGGUUGGGAUCCUUCUCUCCCAAGUACUGAUCAACCAGAUAAAAGACCAGAUAGAGUUGCAAAGGUACAACCUGCAGCACCGAUCGGAUCCCUGGAGCUGACAUGGCGAGCGCUGCUGAGAACAUGUGAGCACUGUCAGGGGAUGCUGUGGGAGACCUGCUGUACUUUUUGUUUAAGAUGAACUUUUCAGUACAGAGGUCUGUUCAUUCAGCUAUGCCUAGAAAUUUAAAAUUCAGUGUCAAGAGCUCAGAGACACAAAGGCUGUGCAGGGUGGGAACAAAGUCCCUGUUCAAAGCUACUAUUCUGCUGUUGGUAGAUGUCGAUCCACAUGGAACAAUAUCUCCCAUCCUAGUACACAAAAACCUAUUUCAUAAAGCUGGCAGCAUCCAAUUUGUCAGACACUUCUCAACUCUUCGGUUUGAAAUGUAAAUUAAAAAGUAAAAAUGUUCUUAGUGUCUUACAUUUACCUCACCCUGUAC